UCAAUAAAACUACUUGCAAAAUAUGUCCUCGAUACGCAUGGCAAAUUGGCUAACUGGAUCUCUGCGGAGAUUUGGUAAUGUGAAAAAAUUGCAACAAGUCUAUCGGAGGUUUUACGCUGAUGAUUCGCGUGUAACGAAAGGACUUGUGAUUGGACUGUAUCAGAAGGAGGGUGAGAAAGAACCAAAGCUAACAUCAAGCGGGGAGAAAUUCGAUGAUCGUGUACAGGGCAAAGUAUCGGAAUUAAUCAAAGAAACGAAUCUGUCCGGAAAAUUGGGCAGGGGGAAAGUAUUUAACAAUAUUGAUCAGGAGUUUCGGUCUAUAGCAGUGAUCGGUGUUGGACGUGAGGGCGCCGGUUUCAAUGAGUUGGAAAUGUUGGACGAAGGCAUGGAAAAUGUUCGGGUCGCCGCUGGUGUCGGUGCCCGCAGCCUACAGAUGCAAGGUUGUUCAGAGGUCUUCGUCGAUUCCAUGGAGUACCCCGAACAAGCUGCCGAAGGUAGUGCUCUAGCGAUAUGGCGUUAUCAGGACAACAAAAGGAAAAAAGACCGAACCGGGACUCCCAAAUUGGAACUGUACGACUCACCCGACAUAGACGCUUGGACGCGUGGUCUCUUCAAAGCUGAAGCACAAAAUCUUGCUCGGCGUCUAAGUGAUGGUCCAGCUAAUCAAAUGACACCCACCGCAUUUGCACAAGCGACUGUGGAUGCAUUGUGCCCUUGUGGUGUCACUGUGGAGAUUCGUACAAUGGAGUGGAUCGAACAACAACAUCUCAAUUCGUUUUUAAUGAUUGCAAAGGGUUCAUGUGAGCCACCUGUGCUGCUAGAGAUUAGCUAUUGCGGCACAGCGCCGGAAGAAAAGCCAAUCUUGUUGUUGGGCAAGGGUAUGACAUUCAAUAGCGGUGGUAUCUGCUUGCGCACUUGCAAGGGUAUGGAUGAGUAUCGUGGCGCCAUGGCCGGUGCUGCGGUUGUGGUUGCAUCCAUUCGUGCCGCUGCUGCUCUAUCGCUACCUAUCAAUAUUUCUGCUGUCAUACCACUUUGCGAGAAUAUGCCUUCGGGUAUGGCUUGCAAACCAGGUGACGUAGUCACGUUGCUCAACGGCAAAUCAUUGGCAAUAAGUGAUACGGAUAAGGCGGGUGUUGUCGUGAUGGCGGAUCCAUUGAUCUAUGCUCAGACCACCUACAAACCUCGACUUGUGGUCGACGUUGCUACGCUGGGUAUAGGCGUUAAGAAAGCUUUGGGUGGUGGUGCAACAGGCAUAUUUUCCAACUCGCACUACAUUUGGAAGCAAUUUCAAAAAGCUGGCUCACUAACAGGCGAUCGCAUGUGGCGCUUACCACUUUGGAACUACUACAAGUACCUGGUAACAAACAAUGUUAGUUUUGACGUCUGCAAUACUGGUAAAGGACCAGCUUCAUCCUGCCUAGCGGCUGCCAUUUUGCAUCAAUUUGUUCCCUGUGUGGACUGGGCGCAUUUAGAUAUUCGAGGCGUUGGAAUGCUGACAAAAUAUGGCACCUUGCCGUAUUUGCUGAAGGAUCGUAUGACGGGUCGCCCAACACGCACCAUGAUACAGUUCCUAUACCAAAUGGCCUGUCCCGAGCAACAGAAGCAGUAGUGGAAGUAAGCGCACGAACGACUAUGUUUCUACUCAACCCUCACUGCCCUGAUACGCCUAACAGGCCCCCCCCCCCCCCCCAAGAUGAAGUGUAUUUGUAUAUGAAGAUGUGUAGUAGUGUCCUGAGGCCAAAAUUAUCUCUGUGUUUUAAUUGUUUCUUUCUUAGUGAUUCUAAAUGGCGAUGUUUAUAUAUUUUUGAUUAUUUCUGUGACAUGUUCUACUCAAUGCAAAUACAUAUAUAUUAAAUAUGAUUUGUAUUAAAAAAUGGCGCUUUCGUAUUUUAUUUCUGUAUAGCAUUGUACAUUGUAUAAAUGUUGGGUAAAUAAUUUUAUGGAAAUUGAUCAAAGAUAAUCAUAAUAGGU